AUGCUCGGCGCUAGUGGUGCGUUCAUGCAGGACUACGGCACCAGCAGUAGAAUCGGCAGCACAGUCACCUGGUCCAUCUCCGGUGGCUCUAUCUUCCGCGGCAGCAGCGCGGACUCCCCAGGGGUAACGAGCAACCCUGGUGUCAACGGCAUCCAGGAUGAUGUGCAUCGGACGGUGAUACAGCAGCUGGCGCAGUCGUUCCGCUACGCUCCCUACGUCAAGGGUCUCUUUCUGCUGUGGGUUCCGCUGGUGCUGAUACUGACUCUCGCCCCAUCCACCGCCGAUGCCUCUAGCUCCGCCGUGCCGCUGAUGCCUGCGUCGAGGACGGCCGGGAACGCACUGUUCUGGUGUGCACUUCUUCUGAUUGUGCCCACUAAUACGCUCCUUAUCGAGUACAUCAAGGACCUCGUGGCGCGCCACGACAGCCCGUCGCUUGGCAUCGCCGUCAACCUCGUCGGCGAGCACGCGGCGGAGCUCGCCUUCUCCUUCUUUGCCAUGGCCCACUCGAAGCAAUCUCUGUGCUGGGUGAAGCCGAUGCUGCUCGGGUGCACCCUGCUGAACCUGCUCGGUGUCCUCGGCUCCUCCAUCCUAGCCGCGCCCCUGGCGGACGGCACCUCCGUCGAUCUCGGCAUCUCCUCCUGGACCGCCUUCAGCGCCAGCGGGGUGGUCUUCUCAACGGUCGUCUUCCUCCUCCCCACGGUGUACGGCGUGACGGUGGUCGGGCCCAACGCCGUCGAUCAGCUGCGUCGCCAGCACACACCCGCCAAGGAGGUGGAGGAGCAGCGGCUGCACAACAUGCUGUUCAUCUCUCGGAGUCUGGCGCUCUGCGUCUUGGCCGUCUACGCCCUCUACCUCUGGAAAGUGAUGCAGGCGAACAGCAACUACUACCUCUCCUCCGACAGCCCCGAGGCACCGUCAGGCCUCGUCUACGCGCUUCAGUACCACGAACGGCUGCGCGGCACGCGGGAGGUCGACCUCGGCAGCCGCUACUCGCAACGUUUUGCGGUGACAGGGACACUCCUUUGUGUAACAACGUUGACGGCGCUGUGCUUGGUGCUGGUCGCGACGCUGCCGGCGGCCAAGAUGGCAACGUCGGUACCGCUUCCCUUCACACUGGUAAUCCUCCUACCAUGCGCCUUUGAAGCCGGUAGCGCGGCGGCGUCGGUUCUCUUGUCGCAAGCCGGCAGACCCGACAUUGCCGCCAUCAUCGCCUUCACGUCCAUCGUGCAUCUGUACAUGUUUAUUCUGCCAGUACUGGUGCUGGCAGGGUGGUGGGUGCUGCAGGCCCCCCUGGAGCUGUCCUUUCACCCCUUCCUCGCCUGCUGCUGCUUCGUCUCAACGCUGGUGGUGGCGCAGGUGGUGUCGUCCAACCGCGUGCGGUGGCUAGAGGGCGGGACGCUGCUGGCGCUCUACGCGCUCAUCGUGUGUAUCUGCCUGCUCGGACGCUGGCAUCUGUGCAUGCGUGCAGACGACUCCUACCACUAG